AUGGCAACUCAAAACAAGGAAUCUGUUGACAACUUUUCAAUUCAUGGCAACGCCGUCCAAGAGGUGUACGAUAUUCCCAUGUCAGCCAUCAACAGACCCAUCCCAUCUAUUUUGGAUCGCAACAAAGUUGAUAAUAUGAAGAAGGCUUUGCAGACCGAAGAAAACAAGGAUGAUUUGACGCCCAUUGAUGUGCAUCACGUGCAGUACAAGGGUAACGACUACUAUUUUGCAUUUGGCGGUUGUCAUCGAUGGGCAGCUCACAAGGAGCUUGGCAAGGAUACGAUCAAGGGCAAAUUGAUUAAUACGCCACCAAGCAUGAUCAACACUUAUCUAGGCUCAUCAUCUCCCUUCAAAGAUGCUUAG